CAGCAGGUGGCGGUCAUGAGAAUAACGGGCGGGCUGCCAACCGUCAAUCAAACCGAGAAGAAGAGUGAAACUUAGUAACAGUGAGAAAGGGGCUGAAGCUGAAGCUAACAGGACAAUAUACCCGACACACGCUAAUGUCCGGACACUUUGUCCAGCGAUGAGGUCGUGAGCUCCUUUGUUUGGGACAGCACCUAGUGGAAACAUGUCCGGAUGCAGAGACACUGUCUUAAUGUUAACAGACAUGUCGUGGUGCCAACACACCAAGAGGAAAUAUCAUUUCUAACACCACCCAGGCUUCUUCGCUAAAGCCAAUUGUUUUUUGAUUGAUCACCGAUCGGUUCCUUGCUAUAGACAAGAAGCUCAGAACGAGCUGUUGAUUUGCCUGGAGAUCAUGGUAGAUAAUCGAUAUGCCACCGCUCUGGUGAUCGGCUCGGUGCUGAGCCUGCUGGCCACAGUGUACCUGUCUGUGGCUGUGGGGACUCAGCAGUGGUACCAGUACAGCAGUCCACCAGAAGGCGUCAACGUCUCAGUGCUCAGAGCUGAGUUCAUCAAUUCAGAGUGCGACGAGCAAAUCUACAGCAAAACCAUUUUCCAGCUGAACGGCACCCUGGGACUGUGGUGGAGGUGCAUUCUGGUGCCCAGCCAGUCUCACUGGUAUAAACUACCGGAUCCCAAGAUGGAGACCCUGUGUGUGAGCUUCACUCUUUCUCAGCAGUUUAUUUCAAAGUACAAAAACAGCGAAGAAGAUCUGCUGAGGACAUAUCUCUGGAGAUGUCAGUUUCUCCUGCCUUUGGUGUCCCUGGCCUUGGUUUUCCUCAGUGGCCUUGUUGGAUUCUGCGCCUGUCUGUGCCGCAGCUUCACCCCUACGUUUGGAGUGGGAGUGCUCCAUCUCCUCGCAGGUCUGGGCUCCCUGGGCUCCGUCUGCUGUUUCUUGGUGGGGGUGGAUCUGCUCCACCAGUACACCACGCCACCAGAGGGAGUAGAGGGCUCGAUGGGCUGGUCCCUCUACCUCGCCCUCAUCUCCUUCCCUCUUCAGAUGAUGGCAGCUGCUUUGUUCCUCUGGGCGGCGAGGAGUCACCGCAAGACCUACACCCGCAUGACGGCAUACAGGGUCGCAUAAAGAAAGGAGAGACUACUCUAACAGAAGUACCUUAACACAACCUCCUGUCUGAGGACGUCAUUACACAUCUUUUGUCUAUGGGAAAAGAUGUUAUUCAAAAGAAUUGACAUAUUCUUAUGGAUCUAAAGUAAACCAGACCACUAAUCAUCAUAAGUGGUUAUUCUUUGAGUUGUGUUUUCUCACCUUUGUUUUGACCCAAAGCAUGCACUGUGUAUUUUAAAACCCAGAUGUUAAAGAACAUCAGUUGUUUCUGGUGUUGUUGCCGUGCCGUACUUUAUUGCCUUCUUUUCAGUUGCCAUUGCUUUUUACGCUGCUCACCACAUUGCUCUUAUAUCAGCAAUAAAUACUAUUACAUGCACUGUGACAAAUAACUCACCUGUAGUUAAAGGUCCAGUGUGUAAGAUUUAGAUGAAAGGAUCUAUUGGCAGAUAUUUAAUGUAGAAUAAUCCUCAUGAUGUUUUCACUAGUUUGUUUCAUGUAAAUUGUAUGAAUUGUAGUUUUCUUUACCCCAGA